UAGGACUGUCCUGGCAUGUUGGCUGGGGGACAGGUCCCCCUGUGCUUUGGGUGGUGGGUGGAGUGCAGUGGAGUUGGAGGCAGGAAGCUGAUAUGUGUGCUGUCGGAGGGUGGCUCCAGCUUCUUCCUUGAGCUCAGAUCGGGCCUCAGUUUACUCCGCUCUAAGACGGGAGCAAGUGGCCCUGCCUUGCUCUGGUCCCAGGUCUGUCGGGAAACCUCAGUGAGAGAAAGUGGCAAAAAUGCCGGAAACCUCGGCUUCCCGGACCCCAGCCUGGCUCCCCAUCGCGGCCCACCCGGCAGCCUUCCCUUCGCGCCUGGGGCCGCGCCGUCUUGGUGCCCUCGCGAGCCCCGCCGGGUGCGGGAGGCAGGAAGGUGCCGGGCGCCCCGCCCCCUGACAGCUCUCGAGGACAGACGCACGCUCGUUGCCGUGGAGACGCGGAGGGGCAGGCCGCCGCCCUCCGGCCCCGCGCGCACGCGCCCACGACCACGGCCACGUCCCGCCGCGAGAGGGGGCGGAGCGAGCGUGCGAGGCGGGCGCGCGCAGGCUCCGCGACCGAACCCGGAGCCGCCUGCGCGUCGGCGUCCGCGGCGGGUGGCCGCUGAGGUGCCCCCCGAGAAGUGCCGCUGUGCAGUGGGCAGCAUUCUGAGUGAAGGCGAGGAGUCACCCUCCUCCGAGCUCAUCCAGCUCUACCAGAAAUUUGGCUUCAAGGUGUUCUCCUUCCCGGCACCCAGCCAUGUGGUGACAGCCACCUUCCCCUACACCACCGCCCUGUCCAUCUGGCUGGCCACCCGCCGCGUCCAUCCUGCCCUGGAUGCCUACAUCAAGGAGCGGAAGCUGUGUGCCCACCCUCGGCUGGAGAUCUACCAGCAAGACCAGAUCUAUUUCAUGUGCCCGCUGGCCCGGCAGGGAGACUUCUAUGUGCCUGAGGUGAAGGAGACAGAGCGGAAAGGCCGGGGGCCUGCAGAGGCCAGUGAUGCCCAGCUGGAUGGCACAGGAGCUGACACGCUGAGCGAUGCGAGUUCUGUGAGCCUGGAGGUGGGUCCUGGCAGUCGGGAGACUUCUGCAGCCACACUGUCCGCAGGGGUGAGCAGCCGCAGCUGGGACGACAGUGACACCCGCAGUGAGCACAGCUACAGCGAGUCGGGCGCCAGCGGCUCAUCCUUUGAGGAGCUGGACCUGGAGGGUGAGGGACCCCUGGGAGACUCCAGGCUGAGCCCUGAGGCUGAGCCCCUGGGUGCUCCCAAGUGGCCCAGGGUGCUCAGUACCCCUGAAAAAGGCGAGGAGUAGCCCGUGGCCCCCUCCUCUGUGCUGCAGUCACUAAGGAACGGACCGGACUCUUCAGCCUCCUCCUCCUCCACCUUCCGGGCCCAGGCGAGGGCCAGGGGUCUCAGGGGACCUGACUUCGACCCCGGCCUCUAGCUAAGCCCUGUCCUCACUGCCCUCUUGGCUCCCAGGGCAAAGGAGCAGGGACUGCUCCCUGCCCCCAGCCCGGGGCUGCUGCCUCUGUUACAUCUUUUUUCAGAUUCACAUUGGAGCUUCCAGGAACCAGAAUAAAGCAAAAGACUUUAUUGUUUCA